AUGGUUAUAAGAUAUAUAAUUGCGAUCCGUUUGGAAAAUGCUACUCAAAAUUAUACAACUGAUGGUGGUAUUGGUAUUGUGGAAAUGCUUUUUUGUACAUCACUGGUUGCUUUGGUAGGAGCAGGUGAACAUCCUUCAUUUUCACCACGACGGUUACAAAUUACAAAUACAAAGCGUCAGUCAACAAUAUGCGAACUCACCUUCCAAACGUCAAUCCUUGCAGUGAAAUUAAACCGUCGUAGGUUGAUAGUCGUUUUGGAACAAACUAUUUUUGUUUAUGAUAUUAGCAAUAUGAAAUUAUUGCAUACUAUUGAUACUAGCCCCAAUCCAUCUGGUAAUCAAGCUAUUUGUGCCCUUUCUCCUUCAAAUGAAAAUUGUUAUAUAGCCUACCCUUCUCCUACACCUUCUCCCUCAUCUCCUUUUUCAAGUCAUGGCACACAACAUACUUCAUCAUCUGGUGAUGUUUUGAUUUUCGACGCUUUAUCAUUACAAGUCGUAAACAUCGUUCAGGCUCAUAAAAGUCCAGUUGCUUAUGUAGCCAUCAAUUCCGAAGGAACUUUAUUGGCAACAGCUAGUGAUAAGGGUACUGUUAUUCGCGUGUUCUCUAUCCCAAAUGCGGUCAAGCUGUAUCAAUUUCGAAGGGGAUCUUAUCCUGCACGCAUCCAUUCGAUCUCCUUUAACCUUGUCAGCACAUUAUUGUGUGUUUCAAGUGAUACGGAAACAGUUCAUGUUUUCAAAUUAGGUGGAAAUGCAGUUGGUCCAGGAGGAAACGCGGGUGCAAACAACGGCACUGCUAACAGUACGGGAGGAGUUGCAAAUGCGUCGCGCCAUUCUACUGGCCCAACAACAAUAGGCGGAUUUGAGGCCUUCAUUGAUGAAAAGAAAAAAACUGGAAAAGGCGUGGGUAAUUAUCUUCCGGAUGCUCUAACCGAAAUGUGGGAACCAACACGUGAUUUUGCAUAUCUAAAAUUACCUAGUUCAGGUGUUCAAAGUGUUGUGGCAUUAAGCAAUACCACUCCUCAAGUCAUGGUGGUCACUUCUGAAGGAUAUUUCUAUCAAUAUAAUAUUGACUUGGAGAAUGGAGGUGAAUGUGUGUUGCUUAAACAAUACAGUUUAAUGGAACCAAAUGAAGACGUGGGAACAUCGGUAAUGGCAGAAAAAUAUGGUGAUUGA